AUGACUUCUAAUCACGAUUUUUAUUUUGCGCUUCUUCGCAUAUCCAUACUACAAUUACUGAAAGCCCAAGGGUUUGACAGAGCAAGACCUAGUCUGGUGGAUCUUAUGACCGACCUUUAUGCGAAAUUCUUGGGUUUGUUAGCAUCAGAGAUCAGUUCUAUUGCUCAGGCAAGAUGUGACCAGGACGAUACGGUUGCUUUACAGGACAUAACGGUGGCUCUGGAAAAUUUGGGCAUUGUCAAGCCUACGAAUGUUCUGGAUGUUUAUGAUGAAAACUCUGAAUUAUCAAGUUCGCGGGGAAUGGAAAAGUUCAAGGACUGGUGUAUUUAUAGUGCCCAAUUGAGUGAUGCGCGAAUAGUUGCUUUGCCUACAGUGGAAUUGUUACAAAACGCAGAGAAAGAGUCUGAUCUUUUGUCAGCAAUACCAGACUACCUCAACCAAUUGCUACAAAACAAAGGCGCUAAACAGAAGCUAGAAACUAAAAACAGAAAAAAUGAGCUGAUAGAAGAUUUAAUAAAUAAUAAUGAACUGGACGAUUGGAUCAAAUUGGUGGUAGCGAGACAACGCAUCAACCUCAUUGGACGGGCGUCUAAAAAAGAACCUCAAAAUGUGGUGACUUUGCCGCAUAUUGGGGGGUACAAGUCUUCAAUCCUAAGCCAUCACCGCAAUAGUACGAUAACUGAUGAAGAUAGACUGCCUUCGGCUAUGACUGCGAGAGAUGACGAUGCUUCAGCAGAUAUCCAAGCAAAUCCAUAUGUAACAAGCAAACUGCCGAUAAUGAGGGCGGAAAAUAGGUUAGAGAACAUAACUCUGUCCUUUGAAAAUGAAGAGCUUGAAUCAUCUGACGAAAUGGAAAACUCCGACCAAGCACCCAAAGAUAACAAUAACGACGAACGUUCCAAAGAAAACAAUCAAAGUGAAACGGUAUCGCCUCAUGAUGAUGACCAUGAUGUAUCGAUGUUUCAAUUUGAUUCAAAUGUAGAUACGAAAUGGGCAGAACAGGAAGAUAUGGAUAGCACAUUCCAGCGUAGAACCUCACUAGAUUACGGGGGUUAUUUUUAA